UCUAACGUUGACGAUGAUAGUUUCAUGUCACAAAAUGUACAGCAUGUUAGCGAAACAUAAGAACAUCGCUGUUUUAAUUGAUAUCCUGAAUAAGGAGCCUUUUCAACCGGAAAAUGAAAAAGAAAUGGAGAUUCGAAAGGAAUUUGAUAAGAGAGCCCGCUGGCAAGCGUUUCUUUAUUUAGCUGUAACUCAAACGACAGUGAUAUGUUUCUCAAGCGCAGGGGUUUUGAAAACUGAUGCCAUGAAGUUGCCCUACAGAAUGUGGCUACCUUACGAUUACCUUCCACUUUACCUGCACAUCAUCAUUUAUUUUCUACAAGUUGUAACUUUAGUCGCUGGAGCAGUAAUGCAUAAUGCCUGUGACGCUUUAAUAUGGGGUCUGUUCAUUCACACUUGUUCCCAGCUUGAGAUACUUGAAGCUCGUCUGAAAGCUAUCAAGCAAGGAAAUAAUCAGUCCGCAAAAGCGUCUGCUCGUUACCAUAAUCGUGUUUAUCGAUUCGCCAGAAUGAUAAAUAAAGAAUUUAAGAUGAUUAUUUUUGUUCAGUUUACCGUAAGCACGUUAGUGGUGUGUUUCACCCUUUACGUGCUGUUGAUGACAAAUGAUGUGAAUGUAAAAUUUGCGAAAAUGAUAAUGUACGCGUGUUCUAUGCUCGUGCAAAUAUUCUUCUUCUGUUGGUACGGAAAUGAAGUGAAAUUAAAGAGCAUUGGAAUUUCUGAUGUGAUAUUCGAAAUUGACUGGACACAAAUGAACAAUGACACUAAAAGAAUCCUCUUGAUUAUUAUGAGACGUGCCAGAUACUCCAUUGAAUUCACUAGUUUUCAUGUUGUGACUCUGAAUUUGGAAUCAUUCGUAAACUUACUUAAAACUUCUUACUCGGCGUAUAAUAUGCUUCAAAGUGGCCAAGGAUAAUACCUAGGACCGACACGAGUCACUUUAUCGUAGAAGCAUGGAUAUUCCCCGAAUCGAAGAAAACUACUCGUUAAAAACACAUAAAACACACAACGAAACCAUGUAAGAGCGGGUAGUAAUAAAUUGUUCAGAACAGCUGAUACAUACUUACAAAAAGUAACCUGUCUUAUAUGCACCACUUCUUCCAUCUUUACCUCACCCAUCGACACUUCAUAAUUAUUUGAAACAUGUUUCAAACU